CUCUUUUCGCCCGCUUUUGGACGGUCUCGCUUAGUCUCGUCCCCUCCAUCGCCAAAGACCGCCCAAGAGUCCUUCCCUUCUCAGAUCUGAAUCGUAUCAGCGAACCAACGAAACACAAACCUGCUCUGCAGCCUGUGCCGUCGCCUCUCCAAUCGCAGAAAAGGAGCCCCCGCGGGAUCAUACGUGUACCUUAUUUCCUGAACCCAAUUGCUGACAGGAUUCCGAAAGGCUGAGUGCCAGGUGAGUCAGGUGUCAGGCCGAUAGGUUUGCCCAUCAAUUCAAGUCAGCGUCCGCCGCCAUCCCACCCACUCGGCUCGGCCAACGGUUAGUUCUGUUCCAGCAGGCAGUUAACCUUUCCGGCUCACAUCUCGGGCACUCGCAAUUUUCUCCCCCCUUCUCUACACCUUCUGCCACAACUUCGCCCUGGUACCUCUACCUAUUCCGUGCAAAUACAUCCGCGUCUUUUGUAACUUGCCACUCGGACCAAGUCCCCUCUCUUCUGUCUCAGUUCAAGUUAUCCUACUGCCUUCCUCUCGUUUUGACCCCCGGCAAACCCCAUCACCUCACACCGAACGUCUUCCUUGGGAGAAGACUUGAGUCUCGAAAACUAGAGAAGCGGGAGAGAACUGGACAGGAACUGGAACUGCCCGGUUUGGUAUUCCGUCCUAGCCCGCAACGCUCAACGAGUUUUCUGCCUUUCAAGCUGCUAGUUGCGUGGCCGCUGGCUCGUCCCCGUCUGAUCCAAAGUCAGUCUACGGUGCUGUCGAAACGUCAUCGUCUCCGCAAGAGAUUUUCUAUCGUCACCCGUACUAGCAUCUGAUCUACCCCGACAUCAGUUUUCGACCAGGACAUACGUACAUCUUGGGCCCGGUACCCCGGACCUCCGCUAAAACACAUUGCCAUUGGACCCGCGGUCUUGAUACUCGACAAUUGCCGCCUGUGCGGCUCCGACCGCUAGGAGCGAUCAGAUCACGAGAGUGAAUUCAUCCCAUCCUUUCAACAUCCAAGGUCUUUCCUCGAUUCAACCGACUGCUCUACCUCUUAGUCACCAUCUCCAAUACAAGACAACCGAAAAUGACGUCGACUCAGAACCCUCUUCACAAUCUCGUCCUCACCCCGCAGCAACAAAGCCUGUUGUUUGCCGCCCUCAAUUCCAACAAGCCCAUCAACACACAAGCCGACCUCUCUGGUCUAUCCGCAAUGUACAACGGAACGUCUGCCCAAGGACUCGACCCUAUGGGUUUCCAGCACACCCCGAAUUUCGGUUACGACUACGGCCUUGAUGGACAACAUGACCCCAACUUCGAUUUCAACUUCGACACUGGUGAUCAAUCCCACAUGACGGACGAUCGGUCCAAUGCUCCAAGUGAUUCCAAGUCGGGCUCCGCCGAUGUGGAGUCCCCCGACAAGCGCAGUCAUCCGGAUGACGACGAGGAGGAGAAUAGCGAACCAAAGAGGAGAGAGGGCGAGGGAAAAGUUGCCAAAAAGCCCGGCAGGAAGCCUCUUACCACUGAGCCCAGCUCGAAACGCAAGGCCCAGAAUCGAGCAGCUCAACGAGCGUUCAGAGAACGCAAAGAAAAGCACUUGAAGGACCUUGAAACCAAGGUCGAAGAGUUGAAGAAGAUCUCCGAGACUGCCAACCAUGAGAACGAGAUUCUUCGCAAGAAAAUGGAGAAGAUGAGUAACGAACUGAACGAGUACAAGAAGCGUCUAUCGUUGAUGACAGCUCGACCCCCGAUGGUAUCACCUCGGGCUAUGCCGUUCGGCAACUCCUUUGUCAGCAACCUCAAUGAUGUCAAUUUCCAGUUUGAAUUCCCCAAGUUUGGCGGUCCUCUUCCUGGACCACAAUCUGCAAAUCAAACCAAGAAGGGAACCCCUGUGUCGCCCCCUUUGUCUUCAACAGGUCGGCUGGAGCAACCCACGAAUGGCGUCAGCACCGGUACUACACCCAAUUACGGCCAAAUAGGCCUUGAUACACAAACCAAGGAAGACUUGGCCCAUUACUCGGCCGAUCUCUUCACACCUCAGUCCGCAAGAGGUGAGGGAGCGAACUUUUCGACCAGGGGAACAGAUUCUCAGUACAAUGCGGGGGCCGGCACGUCAACGAGUUCCCCGUCCUCUUGCGCUUCGAACAUGGGUGGCGCUAGUUCGUCGUGUGGCACCUCCCCAGAGCCUCUAACUCAUUCGCCCGUCGGAUUGAAGUCAGUAGAUACGAUGGCCACAAUCGGAGAAGAGCAACCAGGCGUCAUUGGUUCAGGGCAGCCAGACUUUAAUACUUUUGGUGUUGACAACACUCUCAACUGGUUGCCUCAAGACAAUUUCCAGUUUGAUCCGCAGCUCUUCGGAGAUUACCGAGAGCCUCAGAACAAUGUCCUCAACAAUGGAUUUGACGAUUGGUUGACCAAUGAUGCAUUCGAUGCGGAUUUCCUGGCACCGUAUAAUCUGCCACCAACAGCUCCAGGGUUGCUGCCACCACAACCCGAAGCAGAAUCACAACCACCGAAGAAGGAUCUCAUCGCUCAGAUCGAUGAGGUCAACGCAUCGGAUGAUGGAGUCAGAGAGCAACUUGAUUGCAGCAAGAUCUGGGACAAAUUGCGCAGUUGCUCCAGUGUACAAAACCAAGAGAUUGAUAUGGACGCCUUGUGCUCCGAUCUGCAGAAGAAAGCAAAGUGCUCUGGCUAUGGUGCUGUGGUUGAUGAGAAGGAGUUCAAGAGUGUUCUGAAAAAGCACCUAAGUCCUGAAGCAAUGGCGAGGUGCGAGAAGGACUGUGAAGAGGAAAAGGCACGAAAAGCAGCUGCCACACUGUAGGAGUGGCUCGCUUACAUGCUCAUGACUGCAUAGAGAAAGUUUUCUCUUGAUUCAGAACGACGUCUUCACGAGUACACUUGUCUCGAUUUCUCAGAUGGCAUCCCACGAUGGAUGGCAUUUUCUUCUUCCUCGCAAUACGGAUUUUAUUCGGAUCUUAAAGUUGAACAAACCUUGGACGGUCUUGCGUCCAUUGGCUCGUUUACAAUCAAGCGUGGGAACACAUCACGAAUACUGGCUAGGAGUUUACAAGAUACCAGAGCAUUUACAGCGUUGGGAAAACGGGCUUCUAGGUCCUGGACGGGUCGAGAGCGGGGCCGGUUACCCUUUCCUUCUGGUAGCAUGGGUCACUCGGUUGACGCACUCUAUGAGAAUACUCGUGCUGGUAUGCGAAUGGGCAGUCCAUUGUUGGGUGUCAUAAAACCACGGAGGUGCGCUUGGACUUCACAGUAACUAGCAGGAUAGUGAGGGGAUCCGGAGUUUUGUCGGCUUUUUGAUCUAUACCAAGGGUCGGUCUCGAAUUAGACCACAUGACUUUGAGUCAACGGGUUUAGGAUUGCAUACGGCUUUGAGCGGAAUGGUAUCUAUCUUAUUGUAUCCCAAUAAACCACUCUUUUACUUGCUCAUGAAGCAUGACAUCAGUAGUUAAGCUAGAAAUAAUUAGUGUUCGGUUCAUC